UGAAUGGGUGGCAAAGCCCUGGUGCUCUGUGUGGGUGUGUUUGCAACUUUGCUGAGUUUGAGAAACAGAAAGUGACUUCUUGUGUAUUUCUCUUCCCCUCCCAAAAAAAUAAUCCCUCUCUCCUAUUCUCCCUCCUUUUUUGAUAGCUCAUCCAUCCCCCCCCCCACCUCCAUCCUUUCCUUUUGGUAGUCAGUCGUGGUUCUUUUGGGGGGAGGAGAGGGUAGGGGCGGGUGGGCCUGAAUGAAACAGACUUUUGGGCCGCGUGUGAAAAUAGGAUACCUCUCUUUUGUUUCUGUGUGUGUUGAGGGGAGUUGAGAAGGAAGGAAGGAAGGCUGGACAGGUCUUUUCACCCCACUCCUCCUCCUCCUCCUCGUGCUUCUUAGCUUGGCUUGAUUCUUUUUUUAUUUUUUUUUAUUUUUUUUUUGUAUUGCUCUCCGCUCCCUCUCUAGAAGAAGUAGCUGUGAUACUCAAUUAGUAAUCUAUGCCAGCAAUUAUGACAAUGUUAGCAGACCAUGCAGCACGGCAGCUGCUGGAUUUCAACCAGAAAUUGGAUAUAAAUCUGUUGGAUAAUGUGGUGAACUGCCUGUAUCACGGAGAAGGAGCCCAGCAAAGGAUGGCACAGGAGGUCUUGACUCACUUAAAGGAACACCCUGAUGCGUGGACAAGAGUUGAUACUAUUUUGGAAUUCUCUCAGAAUAUGAACACCAAAUAUUACGGCCUGCAGAUCUUGGAAAACGUGAUAAAAACAAGAUGGAAGAUUCUUCCAAGAAACCAAUGCGAAGGUAUAAAAAAAUACGUUGUUGGCUUAAUUAUCAAGACUUCGUCUGAUCCAGCAUGUGUUGAAAAAGAGAAAGUAUACAUUGGAAAGCUAAAUAUGAUUCUUGUUCAGAUACUAAAACAAGAAUGGCCAAAACAUUGGCCAACGUUCAUCAGUGACAUAGUUGGGGCCAGCAGGACAAGUGAAAGCCUUUGCCAGAACAACAUGGUCAUCUUAAAACUGUUAAGCGAAGAGGUUUUUGACUUCUCCAGUGGACAGAUAACUCAAGUGAAAGCCAAACACUUGAAAGACAGCAUGUGCAAUGAAUUCUCGCAGAUAUUUCAACUGUGUCAAUUUGUGAUGGAAAAUUCACAAAAUGCUCCUCUUGUUCAUGCGACACUGGAAACUUUGCUUCGAUUUCUCAACUGGAUUCCACUGGGCUAUAUUUUUGAGACCAAGCUAAUCAGCACACUAAUAUACAAAUUUUUAAAUGUCCCCAUGUUCCGAAACGUCUCUUUGAAGUGCCUCACAGAAAUUGCUGGUGUCAGUGUAAGUCAAUAUGAGGAACAGUUCGUCACACUAUUUACCUUGACAAUGAUGCAGCUGAAACAGAUGCUUCCUUUGAACACCAAUAUUCGACUUGCGUAUUCCAAUGGGAAAGAUGAUGAGCAGAACUUCAUUCAGAAUCUCAGCUUGUUUCUCUGUACCUUUCUAAAAGAGCAUGGUCAACUUAUAGAAAAACGUUUAAAUCUGAGGGAAACAUUAAUGGAAGCUCUUCACUACAUGCUGUUGGUGUCUGAAGUUGAAGAAACUGAGAUCUUUAAGAUUUGCCUGGAGUACUGGAAUCAUCUGGCGGCUGAACUAUAUAGAGAGAGUCCAUUUUCAACAUCUGCUUCUCCAUUACUUUCGGGCACUCAGCAUUUUGAUGUUCCUCCCAGGAGACAACUUUAUCUGCCUGUUCUGUCUAAGGUGCGACUGUUGAUGGUUAGCCGCAUGGCGAAGCCGGAGGAAGUACUUGUUGUGGAAAAUGACCAGGGGGAAGUUGUCCGAGAAUUCAUGAAAGACACCGAUUCUAUCAAUUUGUAUAAGAACAUGAGGGAAACACUAGUUUACCUUACCCAUCUGGAUUAUGCGGACACAGAACGAAUAAUGACAGAGAAGCUUCACAAUCAAGUAAAUGGUACUGAAUGGUCAUGGAAAAAUCUAAACACUCUGUGUUGGGCUAUAGGUUCAAUCAGUGGAGCAAUGCAUGAAGAAGAUGAAAAGAGGUUUCUUGUAACAGUAAUAAAGGACCUUCUGGGACUCUGCGAGCAAAAGCGAGGGAAAGAUAACAAAGCUAUUAUUGCAUCCAAUAUAAUGUAUAUAGUAGGGCAAUAUCCAAGGUUUUUGAGAGCCCACUGGAAAUUUCUGAAGACUGUCGUCAACAAGCUAUUUGAAUUUAUGCAUGAAACCCAUGAUGGUGUCCAGGACAUGGCUUGUGAUACUUUCAUAAAAAUAGCUCAGAAAUGCCGCAGACACUUUGUUCAAGUCCAGGUGGGAGAGGUCAUGCCAUUCAUUGAUGAGAUCCUGAACAAUAUUAAUACAAUCAUUUGUGAUCUUCAGCCACAACAGGUGCAUACUUUCUACGAAGCAGUUGGAUACAUGAUUGGGGCACAGACUGACCAGACUGUACAAGAGCAUUUGAUAGAGAAAUAUAUGUUACUCCCCAAUCAAGUAUGGGACAGCAUCAUUCAACAGGCCACAAAAAAUGUUGAUAUCCUAAAGGACUCUGAAACAGUUAAGCAGUUGGGUAGUAUCCUGAAAACAAAUGUAAGGGCGUGUAAAGCUGUCGGCCAUCCCUUUGUGAUUCAGCUAGGAAGAAUCUACUUAGAUAUGCUGAAUGUGUACAAGUGCCUAAGUGAAAAUAUUUCUGCAGCUAUUCAAGCAAAUGGUGAAAUGGUUACAAAACAACCUCUGAUUAGAAGUAUGAGAACAGUAAAAAGGGAAACAUUAAAACUAAUUUCUGGCUGGGUGAGCAGAUCCAAUGAUCCCCAGAUGGUAGCUGAAAACUUCGUUCCACCUUUGCUAGACGCGGUUCUUAUUGACUACCAGAGGAAUGUUCCAGCCGCUAGGGAGCCUGAAGUGCUUAGUACAAUGGCUAUCAUAGUAAACAAGCUGGGGGGACACAUUACUGCUGAAAUACCUCAGAUAUUUGAUGCUGUGUUUGAAUGCACACUGAAUAUGAUCAAUAAGGACUUUGAAGAGUAUCCUGAACACAGAACAAACUUUUUCUUACUACUACAAGCGGUAAAUUCUCAUUGCUUCCCAGCAUUCCUGGCCAUUCCACCUGCACAGUUCAAAUUAGUACUGGACUCUAUCAUUUGGGCUUUCAAGCACACAAUGAGAAAUGUUGCAGAUACAGGCCUUCAGAUCCUUUAUACACUUCUACAAAAUGUUGCACAAGAAGAAGCUGCUGCCCAGAGCUUUUAUCAGACUUAUUUCUGUGAUAUUCUUCAACACAUUUUCUCUGUUGUAACAGACACGUCUCACACUGCUGGUUUAACGAUGCAUGCAUCAAUUCUUGCAUACAUGUUCAACUUAGUAGAAGAAGGAAAAAUAAGUACUCCUCUAAACCCUGGAAAUCCAGUAAACAACCAAAUGUUUAUUCAGGAGUAUGUUGCUAAUCUCCUUAAAUCUGCAUUUCCUCAUCUGCAAGAUGCACAGGUUAAACUGUUUGUAACAGGACUCUUCAGUUUAAAUCAGGAUAUUCCUGCUUUCAAGGAGCACCUUAGGGACUUCCUAGUGCAGAUAAAGGAGUUUGCAGGUGAAGACACAUCUGACUUAUUCCUGGAAGAAAGAGAAACAGCUCUUCGACAGGCUCAGGAGGAGAAACACAAACUUCAGAUGUCUGUCCCUGGCAUCCUUAAUCCACAUGAAAUUCCUGAGGAAAUGUGUGAUUAAAAAUAACCAGUUAUGCUGUUUUCUUUCUGUACAGCUGCUUUGUUGUAAAAGAAAACAGGACUUGGAUAUUUGUUGACCAAAAUGAUGCCAAUUUGUAAAUUUAAGAUGUCACCUAGUGGCCCUUUUUUCUUAUGUGUUUUUGUAUAAGAAAUUUUCUGUGAAAUAUCCUUCCAUUGUUUAAGCUUUUUGUUUUGGUCAUCUUUAUUUAGAUUUGCAUGAAGUUGAAAAUUAAGGCAUUUUAAAAAAUAAAAAUAAAACACUUCAUGCCCAUUUUGUGGCUAAGGGUAAAAGAGGCAAAACAUAUAACUUGUAAAGUCUAUUGCAAAAUUAUACAUUUUUCCAGUUAGAACACAGAUUUUUUUUUUUUUAAAUUAGGGAUCACUUUCUUUCUAGCCUGCCCUGCAGUCUAGAAGAGAAGGGUAAUAAGUAAAUCCAUCAGAUUAAUCGUUAGGGAUAGGGGGAUGAGUGCUGCGUCAUCAGACAUAAGCAGCUUUGGGGCUAAAGUGCAAGACUAGGCUACCGGGAUUUUCAAGUCGUAUGGCAAGUUUGCAGCAAGAUCAUGUGCAUAUCAUCCCAUUGUAAAGCAACUUGGGGGAAAAAAGAGAGUAUGGGAACACAGUACAGUUAGUUAUUUUUACACAGUUCUUUUGUUUUUGUGCGUGUGCUGUCGCUUUGUCGACAACAGCUUUUUGUUUUCCUCAAUGAGGAGUGUUGCUCAUUUGUGAGCCUUCAUUAACUCGAAGUGAAAUGGUUAAAAUAUUUAUCCUGUUAGAAUAGGCUGCAUCUUUUUAACAAGCUCAUUAAAGAAGAACUCUGGCUUUUGAGAUGACUUCUACUAAUUUACAUUGUUUACCAUGCUGUAGUGCUUUAAGAACACUACUUAAAAAAAGCAAAAUAAACUUGGUUUACAUUUA